AUGUCUGUUCCGGCGGCGGCGGAUCCCAUGGCCCCCGCGCGGGGUGGAUCCCUGCUAGCGUCGCCCGCCUCUGAGGCCCUGCGGGGCGCCUCCCUGCCAGCGCCGCCCGCCUCCGAACUCACGCAGGGCGCCUCCCUGUCCGCGCCGCCGGAUCCCGUCGCCGCGGGGGGCGCCUCCCUGCCCGCGUCACCAGAUCCUGUGGCCGCGAGGGGUGCCUCCCAGCCCGCACCGCCGGAUCCCGUGGCCGCGGGGGCCGCCUCCCUGCCCGCGCCGACAAAUCCCGUGGCCACGGGGGCCGCCUCCCAGCCCGUGCGGGCUGCCUCUGUGCUGGUGUCGGCCGCGUCGCCCUCCUCUGUGCCGCCCCCCCUCCAUGGAUGCGCCGCCGCCUAG